GGAAGAGCGUUUGUGCAUCAUCACCAUCGCCAUCUUUCAGUUUCAUUUUAAGUGCUCUAUACCAGACCCCGCCGACCCGGCUCACUCUGCCUGUGACGUUUCAUCUUGUUCUAGAUUCUCGUUUCCGUUCUAGACACUCAAUUUCCAACGCCUCUCUGCCUUCCUCGGUCUUUUCUACAGGCCGAUUUCUCUUGAGAUAUAGAGGCGCCGGCACCAUCCCAUCUAGACCACCCCCAUCACAGAAAUUAUUUCUUUAUAUCCUACAUACCCGCUGGUACUAAAUAUGUCCUGCCACGAGUACCAGGAGGUCGGGGCUAUUCUCCGAGACCCCGGAUAUACCCAAGACCUCUUCCACUGCUUUCAAAAGGUCCUCGAUGAGCGCCUUAAAAGCCGUUAUGGCAACAAAUUUACAGGGGUGAUCAACGAUGACGACUCCUUCCUCCUGCUACUCCGAGAUAUGGUCGCGGCGCACUCAGACGCACAAGCAGAAAGCAGCGCCAUAUGCCCAAGACACACCGGCGAGCAACACACCGAGGGCCAAUACUUCGAGGAGAAUUGGCCCAGCACUCUAAACCCUCCAAAUCCGGAAUUAGCAAGACUUAACACUCUUUUCUUCGGUAGCGUGGAUUGCUCCUCGUCCCUCUCCAGGGCGGAAAGCGUCCAGCAAGCAAUCGCGAAUGUGGACCAACAACUGCCUGAGGAUACAACCAUGUCCGAUUCCCACAGCCAGAACCAACUGCAGCAGCAGGCCCAACCUCCGGCAUCGCCGCCACCAGAAAUGCACGGGACCAACACGGCUCAUCCACAAAACCAACAGAUGGGCACGCAACAACUCUUCUCCCAAGUCUUCGGCCAGAAAAACGCUCGACAGCCCACCGGGAACCACACCUCCGACAGCGGGGAAUCUUCCGGCGCUCAGUCCGACAUUUCAUUCACUAGCAGUCGUAAGCCGAGCGGAAAGCGGGUAGCAGGAAGGUGGGCCUGCCCCGUCGAAGACUGCCCGAAGAGGGGCGAACUUAUGCAGAAGUGCCGUUUAGAUGACCACAUGGCGCGCCACCAACCCGAACGUCGCACCCACUGUCCUAGUUGUGAUAAGAUUUACCUGCACAGCCGCACGUGCAAUGAGCAUCACAAAAAGGCGCACGGAAUGGACUUGAAGAGUGGGUAUGAGCGGCGGGCAUAUCUAUUCACACAACAGGCCGCCAGCCUCGGGGAUAUGGAGGGGUCUUUCACCGAGGAGGAGGCAAUGGCGGGGGUUACGACGCACUAAUUUGGGGAUUUCGUUUGCAGGAGGAAAGUUGCCUUUUUUCAUGAUCGUAAUAUUAUGGGGGGGUUCCUUCGUAUUUCUCUCCACCUAUCUGUCUUUUGUCUGCGCUGCAUUCUUCUGGUCCAGUCUGGUUUUUGUUCUGCUUGGUUUUGAUCCCUUACUUGCUUGUUUGUUUGCAUUUUUACAUGCUGGGCGGGGAGUUGGACAUGUUCCUGGCGAGUAGAGGUGGCUAAAAUAUUUGUUUCUGUUUUUAUUCCCCUUGUUACUCUAACUAUCGUAAUUCUUCAACAUUUUUGUUUUACCCUCCCCCCCCCAU